CCCCCCUCCUCGUGCCGUUGGCUGCAAAGAUCGUAGAGGAGCUGCUCUAAGAUGUUUGGUUGGCUGCGCCGGCCGUCAGUCGUUGCCAUGGGGACGGGGUUUGGUUGCGGUGCGGGCGGAAGCGCGAGCCGGACCUUCAUGAAGCUUCUCGGCGAGAAUCCAUUGCGUUGGAAAGGUGUUUGGAACGGUGACAUUACCCUUUGGAUACUGCUGCUUUUGAACUGCUGAUUGUCAGCCUUUCUGUCGCGAACCAUGGGCCUCCCGGCACUGGAGUUCAGCGAUUGUUACUUGGACAGCCCGCAAUUCCGGGAUAAAAUCAAGUCUCACGAGGCAGAGCUGGAAAAAACAAACAAGUUCAUUAAAGCUCUGAUUAAAGACGGAAAAGCAUUGAUUCAGGCGCUGAAAAAUCUGUCUGUUGCCAAGAGGAAGUUUGCAGAAUCAUUAAAUGAAUUUAAGUUUCAAUGCAUUGGAGAUGCGGAGACGGAUGAUGAGAUCUGUAUAGCAAAAUCGCUUCAGGAGUUUGCGGGCGUUCUAAAAAACCUUGAAGAUGAGCGAGGACGUUUGAUUGAGAAUGCGGGUGAUGUCCUCAUCAGUCCAUUGGAAAGAUUUCGGAAGGAACAGAUUGGAGCCUCAAAAGAGGCAAAAAAGAAAUAUGAUAAGGAAACAGAAAAGUACUGCAGUGUACUGGAAAAACAUUUAAAUCUAUCAUCCAAGAAAAAGGAUUCUCAUCUUCAGGAGGCAGACAGUCAAGUAGAUGUCGUCCAUCAACGUUUCUACGAAGUGUCACUGGAAUAUGUAUUGAAAGUUCAUGAGGUCCAAGAGCGAAAGAUGUUUGAGUUUGUGGAACCAUUGCUUGCAUUCUUACAAGGACUCUUUACAUUUUAUCAUCAUGGUUAUGAACUGGCAAAAGACUUUGGACAUUUUAAAACGCAGCUUCAGAUCAGCAUUCAAAACACACGGGACAGGUUUGAAGGCACACGACCUGAAGUUGAAUCAUUAAUGAAGAAAAUGAAGGAGAACCCUCAAGAACAUCAGAGUAUCAGCCCUUACUCAAUGGAAGGUUAUCUUUUCGUACAGAAAAAAAGUCCUUUUGGAUCCAGUUGGGUGAAGCACUACUGCACUUAUCAAAAAGAGUCAAAACAAGUUACCAUGGUGCCAUUUGACCAAAAAACUGGAGGAAAAAUAGGGGAUGAAGAACUAUUUAUCCUCAAAUCAUGCAUUAGAAGAAAAACAGACUCCAUUGAGAAGAGGUUUUGUUUUGACAUAGAAGGAGCAGACAGGGCAACCAUAAUCACCAUGCAAGCACUCUCUGAGGAGGACAGGAGGCUGUGGAUGGAAGCCAUGGAUGGCAGAGAACCUGUGUACAAUUUGAAUAAGGACAAUCCAAUAAGUGAAGGUGCUGCACAACUGGAUAAAGUUGGGUUUGAUUUAAUGAAGAAAUGCAUUCAUGCCAUUGAAGAAAGAGGUAUCAAUGAACAGGGCCUAUACCGUAUAGUGGGUGUCAAUUCUCGAGUCCAAAAACUGUUAGGAUUACUAAUGGGAACAGCCGAUGUAGAUCUGGAGAGCUCAACUGAAUGGGAGAUAAAAACUAUUACCAGCACACUUAAACAUUAUCUCAGAGUGCUUCCAGCUCCAUUGAUGACAUUCCAGUUGCAACAUGGUUUUAUCAAAGCAGCGAAGAUGGAGAAUCCGGAAUCAAGACUCUCUGAGAUACAUAAAUACGUACAUCGACUACCAGAGAAGAACAAGACAAUGCUGGAAAUAACAAUAAAACAUUUAGCAAACGUGUCCAGUAACCACAAACAAAAUCUGAUGACCAUGGCAAAUCUAGGUGUGGUGUUUGGACCAACGUUAUUUAGACCACAGGAGGAGACAGUGGCUGCAAUCAUGGAUAUCAAGUUUCAGAAUAUAGUUGUUGAAAUGUUAAUAGAAAACUAUGAAAAGAUUUUCCAAAUGAUACCAGACACUGCAACAGUUCAACCAAAUCCAUUACUAAAUUCUGCACAGAAAAAGGGUACAGAGACUAAAACUGCCUUGUGCAGCCAGAGACCUUUAAUGGUGUUUCAGACAAUAUCAAAUGAAAAUGAAAAGCAGAACAGCAUUGCAAUUUCCAGUAAUGUGUCGGUGUUUGUUCCAACUGUGAAUGCCACUCUUAAAACCAAUCGACAAAGUGUACAUAGUCUUGGAUCUGGUGACGCUGAAGUGUGCACAAUGCAACUAGAUCGACCAAAUUCUUUGCUAAACCCCAAGCGAAAACCCAGUCUCACUAGUCCUCUUCCUCCCAGUCCCAGUACACCACUGUCACCCACAUCGCCUAUGGUUUCAGCACCUUCAAGUCCAGUUCCUGUUUCCUCCAGCGACUCUUCCCCUCUCAGUACACAAAAUCGCAAAGCGAGAGCCCUGUACGCAUGUAAGGCGGAACAUGAUUCGGAACUAUCCUUUAGUGCUGGAACCAUCUUUGAGAACGUUUACUCAUCUAGGGAACCUGGUUGGCUUGAAGGGACUUUGGAUGGGAAGAUCGGACUAAUUCCAGAAAAUUACAUUGAGUUUCUAUAGCCAAAAGCAUGCAACUUUGUUGCUGAGAAUUACAUGGUAUCCAUGACAAACAAUGAAGAUAUGAACAUUAUUUUGUUUUUUAGCAUUUUAUUCUAUUGGAGGACAUUAUAAGAACCGGAGAUGAAUUUCAACUCAAGAUUUUAAUGUCCUGUAUGGAUAUGAUGUACCAUUAAUUUAUCAAACCAGAGCCUGUAAUUACUUCUUAAGGAUUUUGUUUUUAAUUCAAACUCUUACGUUUCUGAAAUUAUGUUUUAUUUUAUCUGUGGUAGGUAGUAGAAUGUAUAAAGUGUUGAUAUUCAUUCUACUUAACUGUUGCAAAUAUCUGUAUGAUGUAUGUAUUAUAUGAUAUGGGGUUUUUUUUAAAUUAGGGGAAGUGUAUUAUCCCUAAUUUUGCCAUUUCUUCCACCUAAAGUAUGGAUUAUACAAUUGAAAUGUUGCAACACAGAAGGGACUUGACAAUGGUGACAUUAAUGGUCACAUUUUAUAAUGAAGAUGUUAUUGUCCAUUUAAAAACAAAAUCUUAAUAAUUACCUCUAUAUUUAUCAAAAUAAACAGUAAUUUGGUAUUUAAAAAACGUGACAUAAAAUUGAAUGCUUUCCACGAUGUAAAGGAAGAAAUGGAUUUUAGGCAUAAGCGUGCAGGUUUGAAUAGAAGUGUUUCUUAAAAUUGACAAUGAGAAAGCAGGUGGAAGACAUUUCUAACGACCUUGCCAUUUCACUGUUGAAUAAAAUGCUUUGCGAAGGUAGCAGGUCACACCUGCAAUAACCACUACAUUUCCUUCAGCAGCUAAUAUUUUGAUUUGAAAAGGUGAAAACUCCUCAGACCUGAUCGUUGAACACAAAUGUACUUUCAACAAUUCACCUUUUGAUUUCGAUCACCUUGAAACUUAGAAUUUCAAACUUAACAAAAAUAUGUAUUAUAGAACAUUUAAUGUAUUCCAAAGUUCAAAUGCAAGUUGUACCAAAGGUUUCUACGAACAAUUGUUGAAAGGCAAAACCUGCUGCCUUGGUUUGACUGUGUGUGUUGAAACAAGCUUCUGCUUAUCUAUUCAUCUUGCAUAUUUAAUGUUUUCAGGGGACACCAGAUUAUCAGCUGCUGGUUGGAAGUUAUUUGCUUUGAAACAAACAAAAUACUUGUAUCCAGUAAAACAAAGUUUGACUUUUUAAAAUUUAAAUCUAGAAUGGUUAUUGUGUUUUAAGAAGUGGCUUUGCCUUUAUAUUUUAAUUUUUUAAACGUCAUUCAUUGCUUCUAAGUUAAACUACUAAGGCUGUUGAAGCUAGUGGAUUGUGAUAAUGAAAUACUUUGGGGGCAAUGGUUGAUAUCCAUCUAUAUUAUUGACUGUAACAAAUUGCAGCCUGGUAGUUCAUCUCUUAACAAUUUGUUUUAAAAUAUAUUAUUAUCAGAUGCCAAUAAAAAUGUUUUUUGGU